UAAUUAGGGUUUUCAUUCCAGGAGACUUUAUAUUUAAGGUUAAAUUUUUUUCCUUCCUCGAAGAAGAAAGAAAGAAGUUGAGAACAUGGCUUAUGCAGCAAUGAAGCCCACGAAGGCUGGUUUGGAAGAGCCUCUCGAGCAAAUUCAUAAGAUCAGGAUCACUCUCUCCUCCAAGAAUGUGAAGAACCUUGAGAAAGUGUGUGCUGAUUUGGUUCGUGGAGCUAAGGACAAGAGACUGAGAACCAAGGGACCAGUAAGAAUGCCCACCAAGGUUCUUAAGAUCACUACCCGAAAGGCUCCUUGUGGUGAAGGAACCAACACAUGGGACAGAUUUGAACUUAGGGUGCACAAGCGAGUGAUUGAUCUCUUCAGCUCUCCUGAUGUGGUCAAGCAAAUCACUUCCAUCACCAUUGAACCUGGUGUCGAGGUCGAAGUCACCAUCGCCGACUCUUAGAUACUUUUUUUUUUGUCUGCAAGAAACAAGAAUCUCUUACUUUGCCUCUAGUUCGAACUACACUUCUGGAUGAAACCAAUGUUUUUGUUGUAGUGAAACUUAGCUGAGAUAUUAUCUUUUCAGAGUGUGUUAUUUACAUCUAUGAAAAUUGAGAUUUGGCCC